GGUUAUUAUGUCGCGCUACCAGGUUUAAAAGUUGUUAGGUUCUGUUCUCAAAAAGUCAGCCGAGUGACCUUUGGUAGUCAAUAUUCCUGUAAAUUUUGAGGAUGAACGCACUCUGCAGUAAACCGGAUACCAAAAAGGAUAAUUUUUACGAAUUGCUUGGUGUUUCUGAAGACUCAUCUGAGGACCAAAUUCUGUAUGAAUAUCGCAUGAAAGCUCGAGAGUUUCAUCCAGACAGAAAUCCAGGACUGAGCGCUACUUUAUCAUUUCAGAAGAUUCAAAAGGCUAAAGAAGUCUUGACCGACCGAAAUCUUCGUCACUUGUACAACAUGUGGUUGUCUAGUGAUCUGAGUCUUUCGUUUGAAGAGUAUCUUAAAUUUGAGAAGAAAUUUCAAGAGUGUAUGCAUUGGAGCUCAGAUGUCAAAGAUACACCCCGAAUGUUGGUCGAUGCUUCAAAUAUUGGUUCGUUAAGAUUUAUUAUUUACACAUAUUUUCAUAGAUCACUUUUUCACAAAUAAAUAUGAGUCGGACCAUCUUCAAGAUAUGCUGAGACUUUUUCGUGCCUAUGAAAUUUGAAGAUAAACCAGGUUUCACAAUAUGGAUACUGUUAUAUUUCACAUACUUUCUAUCUAUUAUUUAUGUAUGACAACUUAAUAUUCCUACCAUUUCUUAAUUCCUAUUUAUUUCCCAACUAAAUUCCAAUUUAUAUCCAUAUUAGCCACAAUCUAUGACCGAAUGGUUUUCGUCAUUUUAAUUUUAUUGUUGUUCUUAUAAACUGUUCAUUUUCUAGUUGAAGCUAAUAUAUUUAUUUGUGUUCUUCAAAUUGUUUUUGUUGGAAAGUGCAACUUAUAAGGCAAUCGGCAGUGAUCCUGAAACAAGGCGUCAAAGUUACAUUUGUCCUUUUUGUUGUUAAACUUAUCAGUACUCCUUGGCUGUUACUCAGUAGAAAUGAACAUUCGCUUUUGAAUAUCUUAUUGGAACCUCAUUACUGCA